AAGUCCCUAUGGCUCCUCCUCCUCCCGCGACCUUGCCUCUGGGCGAGAGACUCAAGGCUCUCGCGCAGACCCUGCAGUUUGCUUGGUUUGUUGGACAUGUGACACUGUUGCUCUCGGUCUUCCGCUACACCCUGUCUUGCAUCUUCUUCAACUACUACUCCUCCUCCGCCCAGAUCGCCUACCGCUUGACCUUCAUCUCGGCCGCCGUCACCUAUGGAAUCGUGGUGUACAAGGGACACUUCGCUCGGGGUGUCCAGGGCACUCCCGUCCAGAUUUUCACCAAGCUUCUCUCCGAUGAGAAUGUGCAAUACCUUGGAAUGGCCCUUGUCUGGCUGUACUCCCGCCAGCUCAUCCUGGCUCUCCUCCCCUUCAGCGUGUACUCGGUCUUCCACGUCGCGACCUACAGCCGCAUGUACCUGAUUCCGACCUUGCAGCCCGCUGCUCCUGGCUCCGCUGGCCCUGCUUCUCCCUCCUCCCCCUCCAAGCCUGCUGCUAAGCAGUCCCCUCUCGCUGAGACUAUUGGCCGAUUCAUCAAGCAGUACUACGAUGCCAGCAUGGGUGUUGUCGCUACCCUCGAGAUCGCCCUUCUGUUCCGCCUGGUCCUGUCCGCCAUCACCUUCUCCAAGGGCAGUUGGGUCCUCCUGAUUGUCUACCUGUCUUUCUUCCGUGCCCGCUACGCCCAGAGCUCCUUCGUUCAGCAGGCUGUCCGUCAGCUCACCGCCCGUGCUGACGCCUCUAUCUCCCACCAGAGCACUCCUCCUCAGGCUCGCCAGGCCUGGGAGGCCAUCAAGGGUGUUGUUCGUCAGGCUUACGAGGUCACCGAUAUUAGCCGCUACAUUGGUGGAUCUACCGCUGCCAAGAAGCCCCAGUAA